GUUACCUCGCAGGGGGACGGACGGUCGGACAGAUGCUGACAGCUAAGCAAUUUAGUUCAGCGAUUUGUUUGCGUUGUAGGGAAAUUCGAGUCGAGAAUCAGUAUUUAUUUAAUCAAAUCACUGACAGAAUAACAUCAUUAUUGGCCUGACUAUAAAUACAACAUAAUUGUACUUUAAACUAAAACACGAAUUAAAAUAUGUAGUGCUAUGAAUAGAUGAAAACAAUACGAAAUGUCGUCACCUACUUCCAAACUCGUUUUAGGUUUAUCUUGUGCAGUGACAUUAGGAAUAGUUGCAUAUGUGCAUGUAAAGCAGCAAACCGACAGGCAUAAGAUGCAUGAAGGUGUUCUAAAAGAUAUAGAAAGACAACAAAGAAGAAAAAUUGAAAACUUAUACAUGUUAGAGAAACAGAAUGAAUUAACCAAAGAAAUGAAAAAGGGAUUAGGUAAUUAAUCAAAAACAAAAUAUUACUCUUAGACAAGCAUUAUUUUAAUAUAACUAAACUAUGUGAGAAAUACAACUACAUUAUAUAUAUAAUGGAUUUUUAUUUCUUGUCUUGUUUUAACCACACAUCCAGCAUCACAUCUUUGAGGUUUAAAUUAACACCUGUAGGACGCUUCAUGUCAGUACCAUCAAUAAAACCGUCUAAUUCUAUUUUCUGUUUGGCUACAGCAGCUAAACAUUUAAAUGUCUGUGGCUCCCAUGAUGCCAAAUCUGAUAAAGACUUUCUAUCCAACAUAAUACCCGCACGAUCCAGGCCUUCCUUAAGAGUAUAGUAUGUUAAAUUAUGUUGUUCACAAGCAGCAGUGAUACGAGUGUCCCAAAGUUCUUUCAUGUCUUCUUUCUUUAGUUUCCUGGCUUUAGUAGCAUAUGCCAAAGCUCUGUGAACAUUGCGAACAGCAACUGAGUAACAGUUUCUCCGACGGCCGAUGUAAUGUGCAGCUAAUCUGAAGAUUUUUCUUUUUCUCCAAAACUCAUCAGGACCUCGACAGCGUACCAUGUUCGUAAUUGACAAAAAAACCAUUAUAUACGUGAAUUU